CGGCGGAAUCCCCGGCUUUCUGGGGCAGCGGGCGGCCGCGCUGGGUGCCGAGCUCGCGGGGCGGGAAGAGCGUCGCGCGGCCCCACGCGUCGGCUCCGUUUGCAGGCCACAGCCCUGCAGGGCGGCUCGGCCGCCGGUCCGCUGGCCUUGGGCAGCUGGGUGGCAGCGGCAUGAAGGUCACGUCGCUCGACGGGCGCCAGCUGCGCAAGAUGCUCCGCAAGGAGGCGGAGGCGCGCUGCGUGGUGCUCGACUGCCGGCCCUACCUGGCCUUCGCCGCUUCGAGCGUGCGCGGCUCGCUCAACGUCAACCUCAACUCGGUGGUGCUGCGGCGGGCCCGGGGCGGCGCGGUGUCGGCGCGCUACGUGCUGCCCGACGAGGCGGCGCGCGCGCGGCUGCUGCAGGAGGGCGGCGGCGGCGUGGCGGCCGUGGUCGUGCUGGACCAGGGCAGCCGCCACUGGCAGAAGCUGCGGGAGGAGAGCGCCGCGCGCGUCGUGCUCACCUCGCUGCUGGCCUGCCUGCCCGCCGGCCCGCGGGUCUACUUCCUUAAAGGGGGUUAUGAGACCUUCUACUCGCAAUAUCCUGAGUGCUGUGUGGAUGUGAAGCCCAUCUCCCAAGAGAAGAUGGAAAGUGAGAGAGGCCUCCUCAGCCAGUGUGGAAAGCCUGUUCUCAGUGUCACCUGCAGACCAGCUUAUGACCAGGGUGGCCCGGUGGAGAUCCUCCCCUUCCUCUACCUUGGAAGUGCCUACCAUGCAUCCAAGUGUGAGUUCCUCGCCAACCUGCACAUCACAGCCCUGCUGAACGUUUCCCGCCGCACCUCUGAGGCCUGCACCACCCACCUGCACUACAAGUGGAUCCCUGUGGAGGACAGCCACACGGCGGACAUCAGCUCCCACUUCCAAGAAGCAAUAGAUUUUAUCGACUGCGUCAGGGAAGGAGGAGGCAAGAUCCUGGUCCACUGCGAGGCUGGGGUCUCUAGGUCCCCUACCAUCUGCAUGGCUUACCUCAUGAAGACCAAGCAGUUUCGCCUGAAGGAGGCCUUUGAUUACAUCAAGCAGAGGAGGGGUGUGAUCUCUCCCAACUUUGGCUUCAUGGGGCAGCUGCUUCAGUAUGAGUCUGAGAUCCUGCCCUCCACACCCACCCCACAAACUCCCUCCUGCCAGGGGGAGGCAGCCAACUCCUCGUUUAUAGACCAUUUCCAGACCCGGAGCCCUGAUAUGCAGGGUGCCUACUGCACAUUCCCUACCUCAGUGCUGGCACCAGUGCCCACCCACUCCACAGUUGCAGAGCUCCACAGGGGCCCUGUGGCCACAGCCACGUCCUGCUGAGACUGUGAUUGGCUACCAGUGAAUCCCUAAGAGCAACUGUGAUUUUUGUUUUUUACACUUGUGGACAUUUCAUACCUGUGCAAUACUGAAGGCCUCUCUCUCUGUCCCACUGCUCCAGUGAGACGGUGAGUGGUCACCAGGCUUGCAGAUGCACUUCAGACUAGCCCCGGGGAUGGGUUCUCGGGGCUGCAGGGAGGCCAAGCCAUGACCCUAGCACAGCAGUGCUGACUACUUCCAGAACGCCUACCCACUCAGGACCGCCCAGUCCUUGCACCUCAAAACUUCGCCUUUUCAUUUCAAGCAUAAGGCAAUAAAUAUCCCAGCAAAGCGGGAGCAAGACGCUGCUGGACAGGAGAGAAGGCAGCGGCGAAGCCAAUUCAUUUAGAAGGAAGCACAAUUUUCACUCUAUUUUUUUGAACUUUGGCAAACUUUGUCUGUCUGUCGCUUUAGAGAAUAAAGCUCGUUGCCACCCAAUCAGAAAAGACAACCCUGCUAGAUCUGUCAAGACAGAAGUACCUGCCAUAAAGCUGUUGGCUGAAGGGGAAGUUGCUGACUCAUCAGGGUUUUGUUUCUACUGAGGGUUCUAUAACCUUGGACUUCGGCAUGAUUUUUACACAUACUUGAACCUGUCCCAUUGUAUCUCUCUUUAAAGCCACUCCAGUGUCAUUCAAAAGGUUUUCAGGCCCUAGACAAAAAAUCACCCCUUUGAGGAGGUGGCAGUAAAUGCCUGGAGAAAAGGGGCGUGCACUGUGUUUGGGGUCAGUGGCAGGGACAGUACUUCCUCAGUUCAUCGUCCUGUGUGCUUACUUGUCGUCCACUGUGACAUUGUUUCCCUCCCUGCCCCUGGGGGUUGUCUUCAAGCUACUGAAUCUGGGGUUUGCAUCUCUUGCAAUGUGGUACUACUACUUUUGUUCUUUGGUAGUUUUUCCAGGGGGAAAGGCAAUAAGUCCCCAAAACCCAUGUGAAUGUGAAGAAAAGCAGUAUAUUGCUGGUUGUUGUUUUUUACAUAGCGCAAAAUAAAA